ACAAAGAAAAAAAUCAUGCUGUGCAUCACAGGAGUUCCCCAGAGUUCUCUCAGGCAAUCUGGAAAGAGGACCUUGACAAUGAAACCAAAGGCACAGUGGAAAGAGUAUUUAUUCCUUCCCGGAGAUAUCAUUUAAACUCAAUACAAAACAAAACAAGCUACAUGAAGUUGCAAUGUAACAGCACAAUUUUCUUGCUUUUUGAUUUUCCUGUAAUAAGUACUGUUUUGAUAGACUGAUCAUUUUGACAGGCAAAGCUCUCCAAGUACCUACAGUCUUCGGCGAGUGGUCAUCUUUUACCUGGUUUGGAGUGCAGUCAAUGAUAAUAUCGGGAUCAGAUUUGGCUUCAGUGGCUUUCGGGUUAUGAUGCCCUACGCUGCCCACUAGUGGCACUUCGCUGGCGACUGAUCAGUGAAGCGCAUUUUCCUGAGCUCGGUGUUGGCCGAGACCGCUCUUUAUCAGCGGGAGAUAUGUUUGCAACAUCGACAGAAGCCCGCACCGACCCUAACCUGAGAGUACAAGAAGCGGCGCGAGGGUCGGAUUAUUAGUGAACCAUUUAAAGGGCUAGGAUUAAAAGAAAGAUCAGAAGAGGUAAUGUGCAAGUUUUGAAUGUGUCUACAAUCCAAAGCGUCUGCAAAGUGCCCAGAGCAGUUCCAGUUACUUACUACUCCUUAUGAAUUAACCUUCUUUAAAUCUACGCAGUUUACGUUACAACCUUCAGAAGAUCUAUCAAGUUCACCCUGAGAUACCAGCCAGAGAACCGCACGGGAUGAUUGCCGAAGGAACGAGUUCAGAACAACAAAAAGAAAAUGUAGCCACAGAGACCAUAGAUUCCAGAAUCUGGAACGACGAACAAUCCACUGGCAGAACUCGGCAGGCCAGGCAGCAUCUGUGGGAGGAAAGGAAUUGUCAACAUUUCAGAUCAGAAUCAGAAACAUCUGUUUUUUUAAAGAAACACUGUGGUCUAGCCAAGGUCUAGGAAAAUGUCAGCUGGUGUGGAAAAGGCUUGUCAUCAAUGCAUUUCAAAAAUUGCCAGCAAUGCUUGCUUUAUCUUUGGUCUACUUGCUUUCCUUGCUCUACCUCUGUCAAUGGCUUUUGUGGGAAUGAAAUUCUUGGAUAGCUGCCCCAUUCAGCCAUUGAUCCCAUUGUAUUUGCUGGUUGGAGGAAUAAUUGGCAGUUUGAAGGUCUCCUUCCUCCUGUAUGAUUCCACAAAAAUGAGACGGCUCCUUAACAAGUCAGUCAUGAUCGGCGACGAUGAUGACGACGAGUAUCCUUGGCGACAAAAUCUGCACAGAUAUUACAUCCACGUCACCCUCAGUCUGUUCCUCUUUGUCUGGUUUAUACUGGGGAAUUACUGGGUUUUCUCUGUGUUUCUGCCAAAUUUUAUUCCACCUUUUCAUCAGCCACAAGAUUACUGUGACAAAACAGUGUACAUAUUCUCGGUCGUUGUUCUGAUCAUAAGUCAUACAGUUUUAGGCCUUCUGGUACUCUGCAGUUGCUGCAUAUUUUCUUUUUCAAAGUCAGGUGAUGAUUCUGAAGAAGAAUGAAAAUCAAGCAUUUGGCAAUCAAGAAAAUUCCCGCUUUAAUUAAAAUGCCAAUUUUAAGAGCUCAGAAGUGGUUCACCUAUUCCUGGUAUUUCAGGUCUGGCCAUAAUAAUUAUCUUCUCUGAUGUGCCUUGCCACAUAAAUUUUAAAGAUAUGAGAAGGUGGGGCUAGAUUUUAAGCAUGCACAGUCAUGUAUGAAGCAUCUAUCUCUGUGCCCUUUUCCAAUCUUGUUUGAAGUUUGUCACUGUAUUUGCAUGCUCCUUCAGUAUCUUUGGUGACUGCUUAAUUGAUUUGAUUUGAAUGAAGGCAAGCCAUAUGGGGACAAUCUAAAAUGAGCGUACAUUAUGAUUCAGUUAUUAAAGGCACAGGCUGUGAUUUAUACCAGUCCGAUAUUCAAGUUCAAGUUUAAUUGUCAUUCAGCUAUACUUGAAUACCCAUGAAUACAGCCAAAUGAAACAGUAUUUCUCUGGGGCCAAGGUGCAAAACACAGUACCAACAGUCAUACACACAUAUAAGAUAGCAAGUAAACAUACAGACACACAAAAAAAUAUACUUAUAUAUAGUCCAAGUAGUUGAGUGAUAAAUUGAUGGUGCAUGGGUGUUAUCGGCAAGAGCAAGAAGUUCUCAGCAGUCCACAGAUGAAUACAAUCAUGCACACAAUCCAGCUUGUCAUUCCACCAAUUGAAAACUGGCUAGCAGCACUGACAGGAGGAGUCAGUCUCCAACCAGCAUGGAUGCCAUGCUACACCACCUACGGUGUUGACUGCUGCAACAGACAAGCCCGUGGCUUGAGGCCUAGACUUCAGUGCAAUUAAGGCCACAAGCUCCCUUGAUGUCUGUCUCACCAAUAAACAAGGGAAACAGACUUACAGCAUUUUACAUUAUCAUUGUCCAACAGGGUUUUGCAAUCACAAGAGAAACAUCCAAAACACUCACUCGCUGUUAGACUGCACAAUGCCUUCGCAAACCAAUACCUUUAUGUAGCAGGCAGCAACACAGUCUGCACCAGGUCCAACUCCUUAGCAAUGAGAAGCUUGCUGAUGGGGUAGGCCUAGAGUACUUGAAGUUCCCAAUGCCCAUUGUGAUACUGGCAGGGGAACGGCCUAUACCUGGUAGUACAAGGAUUUUAACCCUGAAGUCCCUGUGCAAUGUGCUAUUCUUCAAAGACAUUAUUUACAGUACACACCUUUUAAGCAGUUAGCCAGCUCAAAUUAACUCUUUACGAUGUCAACAGUGGCUCUUGUGGUAGUGCUAAGAUCAAGUCCUCUUGAGACUUGCGCUCAAAACUAUAACUGUCCAGCAGUAGCAAAGUAGUCUCUAUUAUACUCAGAGGCUACGGCCCCUGCAUUCUGAGGCUGUACCAUCUGGUCCUAGACUCCACACUAUUGGAAAGAUCCUCUCCACAUCCACUCUGUAUAGGCCUUCCUACGCUCAGUAGGUUUCAAUGAGAUAACCCCUCAUUCUUCUAAAUUCUAACGAGUACUCUAGAGCUAUCAAACACUCCUCAUGUGUAGGUAAUUAUUUUUUUAUUCAUUCAGAGUGUAGACAUCACUGGCAAAACUAGCAUAUGUUGUUGACCCCUAAUUGUUCCUGAACUGAGGAGAAAGUUAAGUGUCAACUACAUGUGGGAUCUGGUGUAACGUGUAGGCCAGAUGUAUAAGGAUGGCAGAUUUCUGCCCUGAUAGAUAUCAGUGAAUCAGAUAAGCACCUCGAACAAUCCAUCAGUUUCAUUAAUACUGUAUUAGAAAGGCCAGCAGAUCUUAAUUCCAGGUUUAUUUAAUCAUUUCAAUUUGAUAGCAUUCAAAUUUGUCUUUGGAUUAACAGCUCAGAUAUUCGGCUGCUUAAAGUUGUGGAUGGAAAAUAAUGAGAAGGCGUGCAAGGUCUUGAUAAAUGCUAGUUGUUCAAAGCCCUUGAAAUAUAGUUUCAGUUACUGAGAUUAUGGUGUAAUCUGCGCCACAUGCUGCAGAUGAAACGCAUCAGUAAUCAUUUUUCAACAACUGAACCCAACUAUUCCGAUGUAGGGUCAUCACCUGAAAUGGCCACCAUCCUUUACCUCCACAGAUCACCCUCAGAAUUUUUUCAAAAAGCUGGGUUUUUAUUGCUCCAGAUUUCAUCAUCUACAGUCUUGUGUCUCCAUUGACUCCCAGCUGUGAUUGAAUGACACGGUUAGAAAUAUCACAGUUUUACCAUGUCAGUCUUAAGAAAUAUUUUUAUUGGGUAAUGUGACAACUAAGAUUAUAGUGAGCCAAUCCUAGAUGACCACAUUAAACAUAAAUCUAAUAAUAAUACUACUUGCCUUAGCUUUAUAUUCUUUGAAGUUAUUAACUGAUAAAGUCUAUUGAUAUCUGUAUUGAAUGGUCCAAUUGAGUCAUAGCCUAUGAUCACCUGGAAUGACAUAAAUCAGCAAAAUUUACGCAGUAGGCAGGGUUCCUUAAUGGGCCCUGAGAACAGAGAUCUGAUUUAAACAUUAUAUCCCAUUAUUCUUGAUUAUUUCACCAGGGGAGAAAAAUUUUCUGCAGAGAUAUGAAUUUGAUUCCCACCAUGGUAACUGGGAAUUUAAGUUAAACUAAUUACAGAAUUUAAAAAAAAAGUUUCAGUCACAGUAAACACAGCACAACUUAAUAACCCCUCUGCUGCACUAAUGUUGUUCAUGGAAGGAAAUCUGCCAUUCUCCCUCGGUCUGGAUUAUAUUGAAUAAAUAUGACUAUACAGUUGAUUCCUAUCCCUGGCAAUUAUAGAAAGGCAAAUAAAAGCUGGCAUUGUCAGUGCGAUCACAUCUCGUGAAUGAAUAAAUAAAGUGAAGUCUCCUACUACAUAGACAUGUCAAAGGCAUCCAUCUCUGAUUCAACAUCAAAAUACUGCAGAUGCUGGAAAUCCAAGAUAAAAAUAUAAAGUAAUGCAAGUAUUCAGCAAGUCAGGCAGCAUCUGCGGAGAGAGAGUAACAUAAUUAAUGAUUUGAGUUGAUAUUUAAUCAUUACCCUUAAACCAAAGACAGUUAAGAUAUUUGACAAGCUGUUCAAAACAGAUAGGAUUUUGAUCAGAAAGGAAUCUGUCCACGGCAGAAGUAUUAGUGACCAGAGGACUUGUUUCAUUUGCUAAAGAUUCAGCGACUUCAUCAGAAAAAUAGACAUACAAGUUAGUGUGAUCUGAAAUUUAGUGCCUGAAAUAGAGGAUGAAACAGUUUAAAAAGAAAUAAGAUAAAUAUUUAAAAUAGGACACUGGCAGAGCUUUGGGAAAGAGCAAGAGGUAUGAGACAAAUUGAGCAGCUCUUCCACAGGGUGUUAGGACAAUGAACCUCCCCCCCCCCACUAUGCUGCACUUCACCAAAAGCAAAAUGAAGUAUAUGCCACUUUCAUUCAUAAUGUACUUGCUACAAAUAACCCUUUUUAUAUGAGAAGGAAGAGUGGGUAGUUAGAGCAAUUGGUCCUAAGCUCAGUUGCAGUCAGUGGUGUGUGUAAUAACUACUUUCAAAUCAAUGGUCAUUAUACUUCACCACCUGUUCAUUGAAGAUGAUGGACUUUCAGCAGUCUGAACAGUUUAUUUAAGUAAUUUCAAUGUACCAAUUUGCUUCAGUAAUUUUCUUUAUCACUGCUCCAUUUACUAGCCACCAGCAAUUAUGCUUCAUAUAGUAGCAUGACUAUAGUUCAUGACUGCACCAACCCCUCCCCUUCACAAGCAACAUGAAUUACAACCUAAUAAUCAAAAAGAAAGUUGAAAAUAUAUUUUUCUCCACGGGAUGUUUUUGUCUUUAUUGCAGUAUUGAAAAGAAUUAUUAUUUAUGUCAAAAAAGAAUGAAAGCGAUUGUUUAUAUCAAACAAUUCUCUAUGAGUAGUAUGGUUAAGUUCCUGGUGAUAUUUCUGAUAUUGACUGUUAAGUACAGGGUGAUGUACAGGAUCACUGGUAAUGGUUAUUUUAUUCUGUUUAUGUUGAGGGUUAUAUGUGCUGCUUCCUAUGAGGUUUAUGCAUGCAUUCUGAUCAAGUUGACGUUCUUGACAUGUUGAUAUGGUUAUCCCCCGUUUUAUCCAUCUUGUUGAGGAUUGUGGUUGUUUUUGGUAUCAGUAUUUUUAAGCUGUGACAACAAUCAAAGUAAAAAGAAAAUUGAAAUUCAUGUAAUUUUUAAUAGAUGUUUUAGUGCAUGCUAGGCAUGUCAUAAAGUCAAGACAUAGAUCCUGCAUGUAUGUUGACAUAUUUUAAUUCUACAUAUUUCAUAUUCUAGCUUUGUAAACCAGCGAAGAUGUCUUUUUCUAAAAUGGUGUGAAGUUGCAGGAGCACACAAUUUACUUCUACAAUUGUUAGGUAUUUCCUGAGAUGGUUCAAACUUGAAGCGAUCUUACAUUAUAAUCAUUGCAGUGCAAUACUGCAAAGUCAGUAUAUUCUGUUCUCUACUUUUUGAGUAGCUGUUCAAAUAGUAGACACAAUGUGAAAAUACUCAACUUGGUUUGAAGCUAAAAGCUAUUAAACAUAUUCAAAUGGGGUUUAUUUCAUUAAACAGGUCUGAAAAUCUUUCUUUGUGGGGUAUUCCACAUUUUACAUUGUCAAAAAUUUACAAAUUUAAUAUUGCAAGGGAAUGUAUUCGUCAUAUUAUAUUUGUAAUCAUUGUUGAAAGCUGAUGUUGUAUUUCAAUGCUUCAGACUUAAUGUAUGCUUUUUAACAUCCCUUUGUAUAACAGAAUGACUUUAUACAUGAUGGCCAGCUUCAAUGUAACAGUAAAUAAAACCUUCUCUGGA